CUAUUUAUUCAGUGUUAUAUUAAACAUACGUAGAUGCGCUUAUUGCUUUGAAUUAAGGACUACAAGCUACAGUGCAGGCAACAUGAACGAAUCGAAACUAUUACCAAUAUCCAAUGAAGCCGAGAAAUCGCAUAUUGAAUCACCACAAGAAUAUCGCUAUCGAAAAAUUUCACAUUAUGUUAUAUAUUUUACGAUAACAAGCAGUUCCUUAUAUUACAGCGUGAUGCUUGUCAGUUUAUGGCCAUAUUUAAACCAUUUAGAUUCUUCUGCAGAUAAACAAUUUCUGGGUUAUUUAGCUGCAAUUGGUGCUAUUGGAACUACAUUAUUCUGCCCGUUAUUUGGAAAAUGGUCAAACUCACUGAAAUCAUGUCGCACGCCAUUUCUUUUUACUUUAAUCUGCGGUGCUGUCCAUUAUAUCAUUUAUGUCAGCUUACCUUUGAUUCAUCGGGAUAGUAGAAGAAAUUGGUUUCUAUUUGCUCGGUUUAUGACUGGAAUGCAUGAUAUCAAUAUUGGAUUAGCUCGUGGAUAUAUUGCGGAAUCCACGUUGAGAUCUGAACGUCGAAAGGCUGUGUCCAUCCUGACAGGUCUUCAAACUGUGGCAUUUGCUUGCGGCCCAUUAUUGCAAUCCUUGAUGGUACCACUUAAAGAAAAUGGGUUCACUAUAUUUGGAGGAUAUGUAAGGAUUGACAUGUACACUUCAAUUGGUUGGCUGGCGUUGAUAACAAUUGUCAUCAACAUUAUCAUUUUCUUGCCUGCAAUAUUUCAACAUAAAGAUGUGCGUCACAUGGAAACAUCUACGAGUAGUAGUACGAGUCUAAAUCAAAACUACAAACUUAUUGCGUGGAUUUUUAUAUUUUUACAAUUCUGGUUAAUUUGUAAUUACCUAUAUUUGAAAGUGUUGGGCACACCGAUUGUUAUGGAUGGGUUUGCGAUGAAUCGCCCAGAUGCCCUACAAUUUAACUCGUAUAUUAUGACAGGCGGGGCAAUUGUGUCUUUAGUCGCCAUCGCAGUCUUGGAUAUGUGCUGUAAAAAGUUUGGAGAAAUGGAUGUUAUGUAUCUUGGGUUUCUUAUAAUGAUUGUGGGACGGUUUUUGAUGUACCCAUCUGUGAGUAGUACUGUUGUCACAGCCGUAAAUCAAACAGAGCAAGGCUGUCCUCAGUGGUCCCAAGAAUGGUGCAUGGAUGAGAAGCAAAUGUCUCAGCUCCAGUUUAUUCUGAGUAAUGUUUUGGAUAAUUUUGGAUACUCGUGGGCCAUCACAAUUAUCUACACAAAAUUUUCUCAAGUUCUUGGAACAAAACAGCAGGGUACCUGGAUGGGUUUUAUGACAUCAUUUUCGGGCUUGGCAAGGAUUUUAAGUCCGGUUGUUCUGUCGUAUCUAUACGUUUUGGUGGGAAAUCGUAUUACUAUGCUCAUUUCGAACUUUGUUUUUAUUGGACUCAUUGUGGCCACUUUAUGGGCGAUUAAACACUGGACCCAGAAAGGUUCAGUUAAUUCAGUUGAAGAAAGUUGCGAAAUGAUUGAUCAAAACGGCAAAGAAAUGAACGAAAUUAUUAAAUAAUAAUGAUUAGAAUCUGAAGCAAUUAUUUUCGUUAAUAAAUGUUUAAUAUUA